UCAGACCAGCCAGAGACCCAGCGGCUCCGCCCGAACGCUGGUCCAUGGGGAGAAGCAGAAGCCCAGGUGGGUGAGGAACGAGCUUCUGCGCCCAGGAAGCCCGCAGGGGCCAUGGGAGGACAGGUGAGGCUACCGCCUGGAGAGCCCUGUCGAGAAGGCUAUGUGCUGCCUCUGAUCUGUCCAAAUGCCUCCCAGGCUUGGUGUGAGAUCACACGUGUGUCACAGCUGCUGGCGUCUCCCGUCCUCUACAAAGGCAUGAAUUCCAGCAUAACCAACUUGAGCACUUCUGCAAGUGCAGAAAACAAAUACAGUCUUUAUGUGGGCCUGGCACUGGCAGUAAGUUCCAGUAUUUUUAUUGGCUCCAGUUUCAUCUUGAAAAAAAAGGGCCUCUUGCAACUGGCCAACAAGGGCAUUACUAGAGCUGGACAAGGUGGACAUUCUUACCUCAAGGAAUGGCUCUGGUGGGCAGGAUUACUCUCAAUGGGAGCAGGAGAGGCUGCGAAUUUUGCAGCUUAUGCUUUUGCACCUGCCACCUUGGUCACCCCACUGGGCGCUCUGAGUGUUCUCAUAAGUGCAAUACUGUCUUCCUAUUUUUUAAAUGAGCACUUGAACAUUCAUGGGAAAAUAGGCUGCAUAUUAAGUAUAUUGGGGUCAACUGUGAUGGUUAUCCAUGCCCCACAGGAAGAGGAAGUCACUUCUCUGCAUGAAAUGGAAAUGAAAUUGAGAGACCCAGGAUUUAUCUCCUUUGCUGUGAUCGUAACUGUGAUCUCCUUGGUGCUGAUUUUGAUUGUGGCUCCCAAGAAAGGACAGACCAAUAUAUUGGUCUAUAUUUCAAUCUGUUCAUUGAUUGGAGCAUUUUCAGUGUCUUCUGUCAAGGGCCUGGGGAUUGCCAUUAAGGAACUCUUGGCAUGGAAGCCAGUUUACAAGCAUCCCCUGGUCUUUGUUUUGCUGGCUGUACUUGUGCUUUCAGUGACGACACAGAUUAACUAUCUCAACAAGGCACUAGACACCUUCAAUACAUCUCUUGUGACUCCCAUUUAUUAUGUGUUCUUCACGUCCAUGGUAGUGACUUGCUCUGCCAUCUUAUUCCAAGAAUGGUAUGGCAUGAAAGCUGGAGAUAUCAUUGGGACCCUGAGUGGGUUCUUCACCAUUAUCAAUGGCAUCUUCCUUCUACAUGCUUUUAAAAACACUGACAUUACCUGGAGUGACCUGACAUCCACUACCCAGAAGGAAGUCUUCUCUCUGAAUGGCAACGAAGACAAAUAUGUCUUACUAGAGAAUGUGGAAUGUUCAACCCCAGGAUUCGAGGAUGACAUUAUCUUGUUUAACAGGACUGAGGAUCAAAGAUCCUAGAAAGCCUGAACUUUAGCCACUGUGAGCCACUCGGAGAGGAGAAGGAAAACCUGAUUCUUGGAAGAACUAUUAGCAAAGCUGGCAUUUUUAAAGUUCUAAGUAAUAAUUUAGAUAUGAGGCCAAACAUAAAUGCCUUCAUUUUUGGACAUCAAAUUUGAAAAUCAAAGAAGACUUCUGCUGUUUUUCAUUUCUGCAAACUUGAAAUACUUCCUAAGCAUAAAACAAGUCAAAGCGUUAGAUGACUCUCACAAUAAUCUCUUUCUUCUGGGCACAGUAUGUUUGGCUCUGCCAGGGGGCUCUUCAUUUCUUUGGCUGCUAUUCUUAAUUUCUCAGUAAUUAGUAGAUAAACUCAACUGUGUGCUGAUAGGCAGACUAUCAAUCAUCAUUCUCCAAUGAGUCGUAGUUUCAAAUGAUUAAAACUGAGAAGUGAGAUCAUUGAAGCUUCCUCCUCCUUCUACAACUUCUUUCUAAACAAGAUAGCUAAAGGGUAGAGCAUUAAAGAAAAAAACAGGCAUGUUGGAAAUGCUCCUUGGUGGGCUAGAAUGUGCAAGACACAUGUACCCAUGAAGGGCUUAUGAACUGCAAUUUAUUGACAUAUUAUAGAAGUUUAUUAUCAAUUAAAAAGGAGAGAAUGGAGGAGGGAGAGAAACAUUUCAAAUCUUAGGUAAAUGAAACAGAAUUUUCCUUUUCACAAAAACAAAAAUGAAUGUAAACAAUUGUAUUCACAGGUUCUUUUAACUCAGACCUGAACAAUAUAGGACAAAAUUGAGUUCUGGAGAAGUCCAAGUGAUGUCACCUUUGAAGUUCCUUAUAUUAAUUUUGUUCUUUACUUUUCCUGUUAUCCCAAGGGUCAUUUUUUCUUAUUGAUGUAAAGACUUUCAUAAAGUAAUUGCUACAUUAUUUUAGGAUUAUACUGUACACUUCAGUUUUUCUCAAAGGUUUAAUCCCCAAAGGGUGGGUUUUUCCACGGACUGGAAACAAGAAAAAUCUUUAUGAAAGACUUAAAUAAGUUAUAAUUGUCGUCUUGAAAUUUGGUACUUUCACCUUUAUUAAGGAAAUUAUAAUUAGUUACUAACCUUUUUAAAAAUAUACAUAUCCUCCCACAAUAAGUGGUAAAUUGUAUUUUUCUGUUGAAUUUCAUCCUGACCAUGUUUUCCAUACAUUUUGUUGAUAAGUGUUUUGGGAGGCUAGGAAGGGGAGUUAAGAUCUUGGAAAACAAAAUAUUAAGACCGCAGGGACUAUUACACAAAAAUACAUUUUCAUAUUAAAGCCUCCGUAAAAUUUCCCUGUCUCCAAGUACGUAGCAGCAAUAACAUCUGUGGUGGUCUUUAACAUUUACAGACAGAUACUCAUCACUCAUUGACUUAAUGGAGAAGAAAUCAAUUCCUAUUUCUAGACUAAGCUUAUUUCUCUCAAAACAAAAAUCCCAACCCAAAAAUUGUGACAUUAAAAAACAGAAAAACAAAAACCCUUCAGGCUGACUGGAUUUCUCUCUACUAACAUCAGAUGUUAUUUAGUUUUGUCUGUGUGUUUGUAAUUUAGCGUGUCGAUCCUGGGUAAUAAUGUAAAUUCUGUUCUUUGGAAUUCUAUUCGGUGACUUUAGCAUUUCCCUCCAGUUCUGCUGAAUCGUGACUGAUGACCACAGUGACAACCUGAGCUGAUCGCAGUCCUCAGUGCUGGUACGGUCUCUGUGGCACCGUUUAGUGUUGAGUGCAGUUCAGUGCAUUCCAAACGUUUGAAAAUUGAGAAUCCAUGGAAGAUUCAUGGGUUGAUAACUCAGGUCAGACACAUGUUUACUCUGUUGAUUGCUGUUUCACCUUGAUUGCAUAGCAGCUAUGUAAGCUAUGAACACAAGUCUGUAGAAGUAUUUUCUGAAAAGGUAGUAUUUGAAAGUUGGAGAAAUUCUUUUUUUUAUUGCAACAGUUGACUUCUCAGGACACCUUCUUGGUGAGGAAAUUAAUGGCAUCCAACCUGCGGCUGGGAUGGUUCUCCACAGUACUGAAUUUUCAUGUCAAAUGUUGCUUUGCCCUCAAUGUAUUGUGCCCAGGUUGAAGGUUCUUGGAACAGAAGAACUCACGUGUACCCUGGGUUGGGAAAUGAACUGGUGUUGACAUGUAUGCCCAGGGGAAAGUCUGAGAAAGGUUUAAUGAGUUGAAAUAUGUUGAGAAACAAUGAAACACUUGAAAAGCUCUAAAAAUCCCUGAUGGGCAAAUACGUUGAAAAGCCAAAAAUGUUACAAAGCCAAAAUCCAGAGUAAUUUUUCCCAAAUAGGAAGAUGUUGUCCAAGGAAGAAUAAAAUGCUGGAUCUCUGUAUUCAAACUGUGUUAGUCUUAACUGGUAGCCUCAGAUGUUUAUAUAUUUUAAUAUAUAUACUUCGUCACAUAGGUAUCUUAAGAUUUAUUAUGUGAAUAUCUGUACAUGUGUCAUUAAGGAUUACAAAGCUGUCCUUCCACAGCCAAAUUGAAAGCUUUUCCUAAUUCUGUAAAUACAAUAGUUUCAUUUUAUUUUUCAAUUUAUUCUUAGGUCAAUGAUUAGUGAUUUUAUUUUUAGUUCAGAUUGCAGAAUGUUCAUAAAACCCUUUAGAUUUGGCAGUAUGGAAUUAACAUUUUUGUUUUAAGAGUGCUCAAUCAAGUACAUUUACAUGGAAAGCACCCGUAUCAUGCCUGAUACUGAGGCACUUAAUAAAAGUUAGCUUUCUUUGAAUCACUGUUUUAAUUCUCAUAGUCUUAUUACUAGAUAGGUUAGGCCCAUUAGUUGCCAGUUUUCAUACAUCCUUUUCUCAAUUCGUGUCACCUUAGCUCAUUUUUAAUAACCCAAAUGAAAAUGAAUUCCAUUAGUAUACUAUCUCAACAACAACCCAAAAUGAUUCCGACAAAAAUAAUCUAUUUUUCUAAGUAAAACUGAACUAGAUGCAAUCAUCACAUCCCAACAAAACUUUGUGGAGAAGUAAUUUAUGUGGAUAUAUAUGAAAUGUUUUCAAAUAUUUUGAAAUAACUAUGACAGUGAAACUUUCCAUUUUUCAAUCUAUAAAUACUGUUCAUUUUAGAAAGUUUACAAAUUUUAAAUUAAUGUUUCUGUAUGUUUUUCCUUUGCAAUAAAAUAAUGUGGUUUAAUUAUG